AAAAUUACAGGUGGUCACUUUUUAUUUCUGGAUGUAUGUGUACUGGGAUAAUGAAUAUGUCUCAUGGGAUCCCUUGGAUUUCUGUAACAUUACGAAUAUCACUUUGCCUGUGAACCUUUUUUGGACCCCAGACCUCUACAUAGAUGAACGGGCAGAUGAAGACAAGUUCACACAAAGCCCUUAUGCUUAUGUAUCAGCCAUUGGUUACAUUCUAAUGUUUCAAGCCUACCGACUGACUUCAUCCUGCAGUCUGGAUGUCCAUGCGUUUCCUUUCGAUCAACAAAAAUGCAACAUAAGCAUAAUGUCAUCGAUACAUGCAGAUAAGGAAAUGAAAAUAAUGAGCACCAAAACUUCCAGGAAGGCGAACCAAGAUAGUCGCGAAUAUUACUUGACCAGUGGGGAAUGGAAGUUUGAGGGACUGAGGAUCAUAGAGCACACCAUGGAAUAUGACAUAAUUAACUUCAGUACUGUCACUUAUGAGAUUUCUAUGAAGAGGCGCUCCAUUUUGUAUGUGAUGGUUCUGAUCCUCCCAACUUUAACUCUCUUCUUGCUGGAUAUGGCUAUUUCUUUUGCAUCUGCCUCUCCUGGAGAAAAGAUUGCCUUCAAAAUGACACUGAUCCUUCAAAUCUCAUUUUUGUCGAUGAUUCUUAAUGAUAUGCUACCCGCAACAUCAGAUCAUCCACCAGUCAUAGCCGCAUUUUUCACUGGGAUGUUUGUAUUUCUGGUCCUUGGUAUCUUGGAGAACGCUUUUGUACUCUAUCUCAAAGAGAAGAGACCAAAGUUGCCAUCCUUCAAGGGGAAUAAACUCAUGAAUAGAAUCCUGGGCAGGAAGAAAGAGGAACGCGAGAGCCCGGCGACCCAUUUAGGAGACAGGAGGCCCAAAGAGAACCAGCCGGCAGAUGGAUUUCCCUUGCCAGCAAAAGACAGUGAAGAUGACAACUUGGUGUUUCUGAAACAUCUGAAUAUGGAACUGCAACAGAUCAAGAAACAUCUCUCUCUAGAAGAACACCAGGGUGACCCUGAAUCAGUCGCGUGGGAUAAAACAAUGGUCCUUAUGGAGAAAGGGCUUUAUUACACCCGCCUGAUUUUAUCUGUCAUCUUUUUAGCUGUUAUUAUCAUACAGUGGACACGCUGAAUUAUAGAUUACUGGCCUUUGUGGUGGAACAAGGAGCAUGGCAUUUUUGUAGACUAGAUCACAUAAUCGAUGCACGUGAUACGAUUGCACUACAUUACCACCAGUUAAGUUGUAUAAGGUCAGGAAAUGCCGUGGGGCAGAAUGUCUAAUGCUGUUGGAUAUUAAAUUACUAAUGUCAAAGCAAAUUAUUCUUGGAAAUAUGUGAAAACAGCACAAAAUUUGCCACUUAACUGAGCCUUGCAAAACCAAUUGUUCUGAAGUACUGGUUUUCCAAGUCUUCACUGAGUGGCAUGUUUUCUGGCCUGGCAUCAAUGCAUGUCAUCCUUGGGCAGUUGCCAGGGCUUCAAGAGGGUUCAUCAGCUUGAAAAAGGUGUCUUUGUCCAGGAAAAUUUUGCCUACAAUGCUCCAGAGCAUCAGAGGCAUUGUGGGAACUUGAAAUGGCAACACCUUGAGCCAGUUGCCUAGUGCUGCCACCAGGUAAUCCAGGAAAAGAACAAUUGGCGUAGAAGGGCUAAAUUUCGGCAGGGAUACCUUCUCCUUGCCUGAUCCUUCCUUCUGUGCAACUAUAAAGGCUCAGAAGCCCCCUGUGCUCUAUUGUAUUUGACAACUCCAGGUAAACAAAAGUACGGUAAGCAUUAUGGUAAUGUGUGAAAUUAGUCUAAUUUAUACAUCUAGCUAUGAUCAGCAAUAUGAGUUUAAAGAGCAAUAUCAGUUUGGGCAUGAGCAAUUUAACUUGGCCAAAUAAGAA